CUCGGGAGUUCAGGCGCUGCCAGGACCUGACUGGACCCCAGGACAAGGAGGACGCUCUGCGGAGGGGCCAGUUCUUCCUGGACAGCCGUCUGGGUGGGCUUAUGUAGGAGCGAGGGGCGGCGGGUCAAGGGUCAUCUGGAGGUUGGUGCCAGGGCAGCGAUGGCCGGCGUGAACGGAGACCGCAAAGGGAAGAAAGACGACAACGGGAUCGGGACGGCCAUCGACUUCAUGCUGUCCAACGCCAAGCUGGUCCUGGGGGUGGGGGGCGCUGCCAUGCUGGGCAUCGCUACCCUGGCCAUGAAAAGAAUGUACGACCGGGCCAUCAGCGCACCCACCAGCCCCACCAAGAUGGAGCAGGGGGGGAAGAGGAGCUGGGAGGAGCCGGCCUGGAUGGGCUCGUCUCCUCGGGUCCUGAACCACGACAUGAAGUCCACAGUGAGCCGCUCGCUGCAGUCUCUGCCCACGUCCUCCCACACUGUGGAACCAGACGGCUUGUUGGGACACGUCCUCGUCCUCCUCUACAACUGUCUCCGCAGGGCCGUGGGUCGGGCCGUGGUCGGAGGAGGAGAUCUGCUGAAAGCUCGAGCUCGUCUGUCCCUGCAGGAGCAUCUGUGCAGGUUUUACCAGAAGGAGGUGAACAUCCCUGCGGAGGAGCAGGCGGUGGCCAGGAGGGCGGCGCUGGACAUCUGUGCCGAGCUCCGCGUCUUCCUCCACGCAAAACUCCCCGACAUGCCGCUCCGAGAGAUGUACCUGAGCGGCAGCCUGUACGACGACCUGCAGGUGGUGACGGCGGAUCACGCUCAGCUCAUGGUGCCUCUGGUCCUGGAGAAGAACCUGUGGUCGUCCGUCCCUGGAGAGGACACCAUCAUGAACGUCCCGGGCUUCUGGCUGGUCCGCAGGGAGAACCUGGAGUAUUUCCCGCGGGGCAGCAGCUACUGGGACCGCUGCAUGGUGGGGGGGUACCUGUCCCCCAAGUCCGUGCUGGAGGUCUUUGACAAGCUGGUGGCGGGAUCCAUCAACUGGCCGGCUAUAGGCAGCGUCCUGGACUACGUCAUCCGGCCCGUGGUUCCCUCGGAGACGCUGACCCUGGAGGUCCAGUACGAGGCCGACCGGAGGCUCUACGUGGACUUCCUGCCUCUGCUGGUGAUGGAGGACGGGACGUCGCUGAUCGCCAAACCUCACCGGCUCGCCGCCGGCCGCCACGAGAACCUGUGGCGGCAGAGUUUCCGGGUGGCGGAGACGGCGAGGCUGCGGGCGCUGGACCGGGACGACGGCGGCUGCAGGAGCGUGUGUUUAAAAGUGGCCAAGGCCGCAUGCAAACUGAACCCGGCUCUGAAGAGGCUGAACGCCAGCCAGCUGACCAACGCCAUCCUGCUGCUGAGCCAGAGCGAGGCCGACUGGAGCCCCGAGGCGCUGGCCGAGCGCUUCCUGCAGCUGCUCAGGGCGCUGGUGGGCCACCUGGAGGCCGGGAGGCUGCCCUGCGCCCUGAGCCCGCGGGUCGACCUGUUCUGUGAGCUGACGGAGCAGGAGGUGGACGAGCUGGGCUACACCCUCUACUGCGCCCUGUCCCACCCCGAGGGUCUGCUCAGGACCCAGGAGGCCGGCGCCGACCCGGGGGGAGGAGGAGAGCCGAGGUUCUGACCCAGACGGGGACACUGCUGUAUGUGAUGCAUGGUUGCCACGGUGACGGGAAGCAGGACGUGUGAAUGCCAAAGUGAAAAUAAAUUGUUGAGCAUC